GCAACAGACGGGCAUGCUGAGCGCGGAGGGAAGCUGGAAAUCUUCCAGAAGUUUCCCAGAAAAGCUUCGAUCCUCAACAUGCCUCUGAUCACCACUCUGUACUACUGCUGCUUCUACCAUUACGCUGAGGCAGAGGGAACCUACAGCAGUCCGCUCAACAUCCGUCAGACCUUCAAGCUUUCAGAGAAGCAGUUCUUUGUGACAGCGUUGGCGGCGCGGGCCAAGCUGAAGGCCUGGUCCGAUGUGGACUCUCUGUUCACCAGCAGGAACUGGCUCGGCUUCACCAGGAAGAAAUCUCCGCUCAGCUUCCAGAGAGUCGUCGACGUGCUGCACAAGAACUCCGCCCCUACGCAGGUGCUUCAGGACUACGUGGCGCUGGUUGAUGAUGCCGAGCUGAGGAUCACUUUGGCUCAGAAACAUAAAUGUCACGACAUCGUCAUUAACACUUACCGGGACCUGAAGGACCGGCAGCAGUUGCUAGGAUACCGGGCAAAGAUGGAGAGAGGAUCGGCGGAGGAGAGGAAGAUUAACGAACUGCUCAACAACUCGCAAAUCCGGUGGAAGAACUGACGCUCCCGUUCCCACUAAAGACUUUUACUUUGAAAAUAAAGAGGCUGUUUCCUGCGUCAAGAGGAGAGCUGUCACCGUGACAACAGGAACUUCUCAUUGGUCGCAGACGGCAGCAGUGGGCGGGGCUUAUGUUUCUGCCGAGUAGCUUCAACAUUCCUUUUGAUUUUGUAAAUACGAAUGUAACAAAUAAAACCUUUAUUUAAAAAGCUGA